AAUCCCGGCGACUGCAGCAGCGCCGGCUCCCUCCCGGUCCCCGCCUCGGCCCCGGGCUUGGAAGCGGCGGGGGGCGCCCUUUCGGACAGCGACAACGUCUAUCAGGUCUCCCCAGCCCCAGUCCCUGGAGAUCCAGGUUCGCCCGAGCCCAGCCAGGGAGGCGGCCGGGAAGCGCCAUGGGGGCCCCUUCCGCCCUGCCCCUGCUCCUGCUGCUCGCCUGCUCCUGGGCACCCAGCGGGGCCAACCUCUCCCAGGACGCAUUGUUAUCCUACAAUACAAAGCUGUCAGCCUGCAGUAUCUAAAGCACAACCUAAACAGCAAAAAAUGAGUUGGAGCUGAUUAAGAAAGGGAAUCCAUCCAUGCGUUCAGAGAGAUACCAAGAUAGCCAGCCCUGGACAUCUGAUGAAACAGUGGUGGCUGGUGGCACCGUGGUGCUCAAAUGUCAAGUGAAAGACCAUGAGGACUCGUCUCUGCAGUGGUCUAAUCCUGCCCAGCAAACUCUCUACUUUGGGGAGAAGAGAGCCCUUCGAGAUAAUCGGAUUCAACUGGUUAGCUCCACUCCCCACGAGCUCAGUAUCAGCAUCAGCAAUGUGGCCCUGGCAGACGAGGGCGAGUACACCUGCUCCAUCUUCACUAUGCCUGUGCGAACUGCCAAGUCCCUCGUCACUGUGCUCGGAAUCCCACAGAAGCCCAUUAUCACUGGUUAUAAGUCAUCAUUACGGGAAAAGGACACAGCCACUCUAAACUGUCAGUCUUCUGGGAGCAAACCUGCAGCCCAGCUCACCUGGAGGAAGGGUGAUCAAGAAUUACAUGGAGAACAAACCCGAAUACAGGAAGAUCCCAACGGGAAAACCUUCACUGUGAGCAGCUCAGUGUCAUUCCAGGUUACCCGGGAAGAUGAUGGAGCAAACAUCGUGUGCUCUGUGAACCACGAAUCUCUAAAGGGAGCUGACAGAUCCACCUCUCAGCGCAUUGAAGUUUUAUACACACCCACAGCAUUGAUUAGGCCAGAUCCUGCACUUCCCCGUGAAGGCCAGAAGCUGUCGCUACACUGUGAGGGCCGUGGCAAUCCAGUCCCCCAGCAGUACCUAUGGGUGAAGGAAGGCAGUGAGCCACCGCUGAAGAUGACCCAGGAGAGCGCCCUCAUCUUCCCUUUCCUCAACAAGAGUGACAGUGGCACCUACGGCUGCACAGCCAUCAGCAACAUGGGCAGCUACACAGCGUACUUCACCCUCAAUGUCAACGACCCCAGUCCAGUGCCCUCAUCCUCCAGUACCUACCACGCCAUCAUUGGAGGGAUUGUGGCUUUCAUCGUCUUCCUGUUGCUCAUCCUGCUCAUCUUCCUUGGCCACUAUUUGAUCCGGCACAAAGGAACCUACCUGACACACGAAGCAAAGGGCUCCGAUGAUGCCCCAGAUGCGGACACGGCCAUCAUCAACGCAGAAGGCGGGCAGUCAGGCGGGGAUGACAAGAAGGAAUAUUUCAUCUAGGGGCACCUGCCCACCUCCUACGCCCCCCAGGGGCCCCGUGGGGACUGCUGGGCUGUCACCAACCCGGACUUGUACAGAGCGACCCCAGGGCCGCCCCUCCCGCUUGCUCCCCAGCCCACCCAGCCCCCUGUACAGAAUGUCUGCUUUGGGUGCGGUUUUGUACUCGGUUUGGAAUGGGGGGGAGGGCGGGGGGAGGGGAGGGUCACCCUCAGCCCUUUCCGUGGCUUCUCUGCGUUUGGGUUAUUAUUAUUUUUGUAACAAUCCCAAAUCAAAUCCGUCUCCAAGGCUGGAGAGGCAGGAGCCGUGGGGUGAGGAGAGCAAAGAACCUGGAGUGUGAGAAAGAAGGUGGAGGGUUGAGUGAGGAGCAGGGCGGGCUUGCAGGUGAGGGCUUGGCCCAGCCUUCCCUUCAUCUUCUACCGCAGAGCAGUUUUCCAGAAGUCUCCAGGAACCCCAGAAUGGGAUCAGGGGCUAGUGGCUUUGCUAGGCACACAUGUCCAGCUACAGACAGGAAAAUGGGUGUCACACUGACACCCCUCUUUUCAUUGCGUAAUAAGGAGGUGAACAGAGAGUCCUCAAGGGGAUGUGACCUGAAGAUGGCAUGCAGCCACAGAGCAACCAAGGGCUUCCUCCCGGGGUGGACACAUGUCCUCCUAGAAAGACUAGAUUGAGAGAGAGAGAGGAUGCCCCCCACACACAAUGAAGGAAGGGAGGCUCUUUUCAUAGAAACUGCCCUGAGGGGACAGCAGGACUCAGCUGCCAAUCAUAGCUCCAGCAGCUGUGGGAAGAAAGGUGCCACUCCUGGGCCUGACUGGUGUUUGCUUCCCCUGCCGCCGAGGGGCCCCUCACUCUUACCCAAGACCCUGGACUGUUGCACGGCAACCGCUCCUCUCAUGGCAUUGCUCGGCAACUACCCCUCCACCCUGUGUCACCCUGUGCCCUCUCCUGUUCCCUAUGCCAGCCCUCAGUCCCUCCCCCUCAGCAGCCAGGCAGACAUGACAACAAAAUUACUAAAAGGAGCUUCACUGCA